AUGAAGCUCUACUUUCCACUUCUUCUUCUCUGUUUUCUUCUUCUUGGCUCCUCUCUGAUGGAUCCAGCCAUGGCUCAAGCUAAAUCAAAAUAUUGCAGUGACAAGUGCUCAUCGAGGUGUGCAGUAGCAGGAGUUCAAGAUCGAUGCAUCAAGUAUUGUGGGAUAUGCUGCGAAGAGUGCAAGUGUGUUCCUUCUGGGACUUAUGGCAACAAGCAUGAGUGCCCUUGCUACAGAGACAAGAAGAACAAGAAGGGCAAGCCCAAGUGCCCCUGA